GUUCUCAUUGCCGAAACAGUCUCUCUAGGCAUUCUCUCCUUACCCGCUUCCGUCGCAGACCUGGGCCUUGUAGUGGGCGCCAUGGUCAUUGUCAUCUUCGGCGUGGCGACUCUUUCCACUGGCUUCAUGCUCUACUACUUCCGGAUGAGAUAUCCGUACAUUGUGAAUUUCGGACAGGUCGGCUAUCUGCUCGGUGGCAGACCUGGGCAAUGCAUUGCCGAGUGCUUGUUCCAACUAUUGUUGAUUUUCAUCAUGGCUGCUCACAUUCUCACGUUUGCAACCAUGGCAAAUACCGUGGCUGGCAAUAGCUGGAAAUGUACUGUCGUCUUCAAGGUGAUUGGCUUCUUCGUCUGCCUUGCUUGUACACUUCCCAGGACCUUCAAGUCAAAUUCAUACUUUUCAAUCAUAUCCUGCCUCUCCAUCUUAGCAGCUACAAUGAUAGCCAUGAUCGACAUUGCCAUCAUCGGCGAAGGAGAAGGCACCGCAUCCAUCGGCCCGCCAACACACGGCGUCGCAGCCGCCGACUGGAUGAUGGCACUCAGCAACGUCCUCGUCUCCUUCACCGGCCACCUCGCCUACUUCCAAGUCAUGGCCGAAAUGGACCGACCCUCCGACUUUCGCAAAUCCCUCAUCGCCACCAACAUCAGCAUGUCCUCUUUAUACAUGGUCGUCGCCAUCGUCAUCUACUACUACGCUGGCGCACACGUCGGUUCCCCCGCCCUCAGUUCCGCAGCACCUCUAUUCGCCAAACUCUCCUACGGAAUCGCAACGCCCACCAUCGUCGUCGCAGGAGUCAUCGCAGGUCUAUUGGCGUGUAAACGCAUCCAAGCCUGGUACUGGGAAAGUGUGAGAAACGAAGCCAAAGUCGCCGAUGAAAAAACUUUUCGAUCCUUGAUCUCCUGGGUGGUGAUUGUAGUCUUAUUAUGGGCUCUCGCCUUCAUUCUGGCAAACGUCUUACCAUACUUCUCUCCCCUCUUGGCUCUCAUCGCCGCCAUCUCCGGGACCUGGAUUGCAUUGGGAAUACCCGCCAUGACGUGUAUGUACAUGUGUCAUCAUUCCUUUGCGCCAACAACGGGAGUCGAAUUCCUCAAUGCGGCCGGAGAGGAUACCUCUUUCGCGGAGAGUUAUGAGCUCAUGAAGAGAGAGAGGGAAGUGUGGUCUUGGUGGCGAAUGUUUACUCCGCCGAAGCAGGCUUCACCCAAGGUCGUGUUGGUCUGGUGUGGUUCUAAUGUCGUGUUUCUUCUGGCGUGCGCCAUGGUGGGGUUUGGAGGGUAUGGAAGUAUUCAGACGAUGAUUACGCUCAGCACGGAGGGUUAUUCGCCGUUUUCGUGCAAGGCUGAUUGA